AUGCAGCAACCAACUGUAUCGGCUGAAAAACAGUACAGUGUCUUCACGCAGCAUGAGAAGUGGUUUUUGGUUGGUACAGCUUCUGUUGCUGGAGUCUUCAGCCCCCUUACUGCAAACAUAUAUUUCCCAGCCAUUCCUACCAUUGCCUCCCAAUUCCGGAAGUCUAUCGAGAUGAUCAAUUUGACUGUAACCAUUUACAUGGUCAUGCAAGGCAUCUCCCCCAUGUUUUGGGGAACCCUCUCUGACCGUUGGGGUCGUAGGCCCAUGAUCCUCGCUUGCAUGAUUGUUUUGUCUCUGUCAUGCGUAGGGCUGGCUCUCGUCCCCACAUCUGCGUACUGGUUGUUGAUGCUACUUCGGUGUAUCCAAGCAGCCGGGUCGGCCAGCACGAUUGCCCUCGGCGCGGGCGUCAUCGCCGAUAUAGCGUCGCCAUCUGAACGAGGAGGCCUUUUUGGACUGUUCAGCAUGGGGCCGAUGAUAGGACCUUGCCUUGGACCAGUAAUCGGUGGUGGCUUGGCCCAAGGUCUGGGUUGGAGGGCUAUAUUCUGGUUCCUUUGCAUAUCAUCUGCUGCCUGCGCCUUGGUCAUACUUCUCCUUCUACCGGAGACUCUGCGAUCUCUAGUAGGAGAUGGAAGCAUUGUCCCUUCGGCGUUCUAUCGACCUCUCAUUCCUAUCAUAGGCAAGAGCCGCCAACCUACUGCACCUAAUAAUCGGCCUCUGCCGAAGCCAUUCGCAAAUCCACUUCGUCUAUUCACAUAUCCAGAUAUCGUCAUCCUGCUCAUCUUCAAUGGCGUCCUAUAUGCCGUAUUUUACAGCGUGACAACUACAAUAUCCUCUCUCUUUGCAGAUGUCUACCCAUUCUUGGAUCAAACGGACAUCGGACUGUGUUUCCUCGCCAUUGGAGGUGGCAUGGUAUUUGGCUCUGUCAUCACGGGUCGCUUCCUCGACAGGGAUUAUGCUGCUAUUAAGAACAGCAUGAUCAAGAAGGCGCAAUCCGAUCCAGAGAAACGCGAUGUCAAAGAUGUAACAAAGGACGAAAACUUUCCUAUAGAAAUGGCGCGCUUGAGGACGAUGCCAAUCUACGUUGCUGUCUUCGUGGCAUGCACUAUUGGCUACGGCUGGUGUUUGAAAGCUCGCGUGUCGCUCGCAGGUCCAUUGAUCCUACAAAUCAUCAUUGGUUAUGUUACCAAUGCUGUAAUGAAUACGAUUCAAACUCUCCUUUUGGACUUGGCUCCGUCUCAAGGCUCUUCCAUCACCGCUUGCAAUAACCUGAUACGCUGUUCAUUGGGUGCAGCACUCGUCUCCGUGAUAGAUCUCAUUCUAAAGGCAAUGGGACCAGGCUGGACCUAUGUCCUUUUAGGCGGGAUAUGUGUCGCUGUGAGUCCUCUGAUGUGGGUAGAAAUUCGGUGGGGCCCUGUAUGGCGAGAAGGAAGGCGUCGACGGUUGGCGGACCGUAAUUAA